UCGAGAUUCUGUUCGGUUUACACAUUCUUCGAUUUUGUUAUUUUUCAUGCAUGUUUUUUUAAAUUUGCAAUUGAUUGCAUUUGAUAAUUUUCAUUUAGAAGCAAAACUGUUGCAUAUUACUGUUUGCCAAAGCAAGGAAAUAAUUAAAAUGGGGGACCCUGUCAACAUUCCACAGAAAAUUGCAAUCCGUCGUCGGUCAUCGUUAUUUUUGUCUGAUGCCUCUGCUUCAGCUUCACCACUUCCUUUCAAACCGAGCUACGAAAAACAGUUGAAGAAUGAGAUCGAUAGUUGGAGCCGGUUGGUACGGAGCAAAAUCCAAGAAAUAAACGAGCACAAGAAGAACAACAUUGAACUGGACGUUUCCCUACUGUCGGACGAGCAACGACGUUAUCUAAAUGCGGGGCCCAUUUUAGACGACUACGUACAGGAAGCCAAUGCCUUCGGUAUUCUGGUAGAACGUUACAUCCAGCGGAAGUCUUUCCUAGCUCGGCGUUACGAACUCAUUCUAAGCGAAGCUCGUGCCCAGCUCGACAACAAAGCAGUGGAUCUUAUAGAAACGCAGUUGCUUUCGGAGAAGUUGGAAUAAAGCAGACAGUAGUUUCGUUAAUUUAUUGUGUAUUUCUUAAUGGUAAUGCUUUGUAAGUUGAUAAGAUUGUUGUAGAUUAUCUCCAAAUGCAUGCUUGUUCAUGUUU